GGAAGGAAAGGCAGGAGAAAGCAGGAGGAGGUCUCUCUUAACUCCGCCUCCGGUCUCGGAUCAUCUCGCAUUCCUUCCCCACGGCCCCUCACGCCGUGGAUAGAGAGAGGAAGGGAAGGCGCAACACCAGAAGGGCACGCGAAGAAGGAGAAGAGAAAGAAGGGCGCAGCGGAACGAUCAUGGCAGUAUCCACAACGCGUCAGCGUGAGACUGAGUCCGAGCACAGCGUACUCCCAUCGCCGCCGAGCAGAGCCCGGAGCAUGCAGACGCACAAUAGACAGCCUCUUGAUGAAUGAAAGGAGCCGUGUACCUGGGCCGUGGACACAAUGAGGGUCAUCUUCACCCAAAACGCCGGUUUCGUCGCAGCUUUUUCGCCUUUCUUGUGAUGUUGGCAACGUGUAGGACGACAGAUGACGUGAACAACAUAGAAUUGACCACAGAUAGAUCGUGCCAAUUUAUUUGUUUUUUAUUCUUCAAUAGGACACAGAAUGCAAACAUAAUACAGCCAGUAUUUGUUUAAAACGAAAGCGUGGUCAGACUGCGACAUGCAACCUGCGGUUUAAAUCUGAACACAAAAUAGUCUAUGUUUUACUAGCUACAUUAUUGCCAUUAUAAUUUAAUUUGUAUGCCUAUUAGGUAUUAUAGUGAUCCUCUUAGAACAGAGCGCUACAUUAGUAACCGAUUAUUAAAACGCUAUUAAAACGUAAAUAGGUAAGAGAAAUGUCUGUUUACUUUGAUCAAAGCCAAAUGAUCAACCAAGACAAUCAGUAAAUAGUAGAUUCUAUAUGUAUUAAUAUCACUUGUAAUUUAUUUAUUUAUUAUUACUAGUAUUAGGUCUAUAAGUAUUAUCGUAUUGAUUAGUUUAAGUUGAUAGUUUAAAAUAUUUAACAGUGAGAAGCUUAUUUAAAACGCCUCCCUACUGAAAUGGAGACCGCUUAUUUAUCACCCCGUCGGGGGGGCACCCGUCCCGAGUCCCUGAGAGGUCCAAGCGCAGCGGGCAAACCGGGCGCGGGUGUCCCCUCCCCUCCAGCCUCACCUAACGGUGGCUCACCCGAGGAGACCCCGUCACAAGGUGAGGGACGGCGGAACUCGGGCGUGAAGAAACACCACCACAAACACAACCUCAAACACCGCUACGAGCUCCUGGAGACGCUGGGCAGAGGCACCUACGGCAAAGUCAAGAAGGCCAUUGAACGGCACUCCGGCAGAGAGGUAGCGAUCAAAUCGAUUCGAAAGGACAAGAUCAAGGAUGAGCAGGAUAUGGUGCACAUCCGCAGAGAAAUCGAAAUCAUGUCAUCCCUUCGCCACCCACACAUCAUCUCCAUAUAUGAAGUGUUUGAGAACAAGGACAAGAUUGUGAUUGUCAUGGAGUAUGCCAGUAAGGGAGAGCUGUACGACUACAUCAGCGAGCGUCGCCGCCUGAGUGAGCGGGAGACACGACACUUCUUCAGACAAAUAGUCUCCGCUGUGCACCACUGCCAUAAGAAUGGGGUGGUGCACAGGGAUCUGAAACUGGAAAAUGUGCUACUGGAUGAAAACUGUAAUAUUAAGAUUGCUGAUUUUGGGUUGUCCAACCUCUACCACAAGGACAAGCUGCUGCAAACCUUCUGUGGAAGCCCCCUUUAUGCUUCACCAGAGAUUGUCAAUGGAAGACCAUACCGUGGCCCAGAGGUGGACAGCUGGGCUCUCGGAGUGCUGCUGUAUACCCUGGUGUAUGGAACCAUGCCUUUUGAUGGGGGAGACCACAAGAAGCUCAUUCGCCAGAUUAGCAAUGGUGAAUACAAAGAGCCCUCUCAGUCUUCAGAUGCCCGUGGACUGAUCCGGUGGAUGUUGAUGGUGAACCCCGAGCGGCGAGCCACAGUUGAAGACAUAGCCAAUCACUGGUGGGUAAACUGGGGCUGGAAGAACAGCGUCUGUGACUGCGAGGCCCAGCACGACCACGGAGGCUCCCCCAUGCUGGCCCGCUUCAUCGACUGGCAGAAUCGCACUGAGCCACGUAGUACUGGAGCCAAAGCUGCAGCUGUGCCCCAGGUCCUGCGCCAGAGGCCCAAGAAAUCAAAGAAGGAAAACAUUGAGGCUGGCCAGUCCCAGGAGGGAGCAGAGGACAAGCCAGGUUUGAAAAGACCCAAGGGCAUUUUGAAGACCAGGGUUACCGAGGAACAAAGGUCGACUGGUCCUGAAGAAGUACAUCUGAGUCAAGCGGUGCUGUCUCAACAAGUGGAUGGUAGACAGGAGACUUCGAGCCCUGACAGAGCGGAAGAGGAACCAGUUUUGGGAGGUGGCUCGCCAGCUAAGAUAGUACCAUCUCUACCAAAGAAAGGCAUCUUGAAAAACAACCAACAGCGGGAAUCAGGGUACUACUCUUCCCCAGAGCGCAGUGAAUCCUCUGAGCUUUUAGAAGGUGCCAGCAUGUCUCUGUUAGCCACUUCCCCCCCUAAGCGGAUGAUGGGAAGAAAGGGCAUUCUUAAGCGAAACGGCAAGUACUCUACCUACAGCGGACCGCCUUCAUCCGCAGCAGUGGCUGGAGUCCUAGGUGAGCAUCCUCCAACGACCGACUCCGGUCUGUCCCGCAGUCAGAGUCGGCCCUCCAGCAUCGUGGGGGAGGACAGCUCUGUCCUGUCGCUGUCACCGAGUUCCCUUAGUGGAGCCGAAUGGCAUCCCUCCACAUCACACCUCCGCCCCAAUAUCAGGGCUUGCGUCUCAGCAGAAAACCUGCUGCAGCUUGCCAGCUUCAAAGGUCUGCAGACCACGCCACCCAUUCAGGGGUCCAAGUUUAGCCGUGGCUCCAAAAUGAAAGGCUCCCCAGGGGACAAUGGCAGCUUCUCCCUGCUGGGGGAUUUGGAGGACAUGACUCAGGUGUACCAGCAAGCCCUGGACAUCAGCAACAAUCUCACCUAAUGAGCGGGUAGCAGAGUGAGAUGAAGCAAAGGGAUUUGAUUGGGAGUCUGUGUGUGCAUUAAAGAGUGUGUGCAGCAUUAACGACCAGUGUGUUACUGGGAUACCCCUUCAGGAGACUGGAGCUGAAAUCUUGUUGCAAAUGAUAUCCCUGUGCCUACACACUUGCACAGACAGAUGCACACAUUUAGGUGUACUUCUCCGGAAAUUAAACCUUUAGGCUUCGUAAACAGGAGAGAGACUCCGAGCUGGCACUGGAGAGAGAGAGAAUGCCACCCAAUAUGCUGUCCACGCUCGCCGUACACUCGGCUGUGUUCAAAAUGUUUACAUAUUUAGAAAGAAGGCAAGUUAAAAUCACAAACGCAGCAACCAGAAACUGGUUGGCUAUCCUUUCUAUACACCACCCAUGUCUGAGUCUGAGUAAACAAAAGCACCUUAAAACUCACACAGAGCACAUGCUUUUGUGAUCUUUACUUCGUUUAAAAGAAGAAACAAACCAGGGUCUUGUUCUGAAUUUUUUUAAAAAAGUCAGUGGUUAUUUAUUAUUAAUAUUUUUAAGCUUUAGUUGUAGGUGCCAAACUGGUGGGUGGCUGGUUGAUACAGGAAUCUCCUUGUCUCCAACUCUUUGGGUGAAACUGACAUAUAUAAUUAUGUUUGUCAGUAAUAAACAUAUUUUUACUCAACAUAUAUAACCAUGCUUGUGUCUGUAACACACAGGCAAGUAUACCUUCUUAAAAGUGUAUAUCCUAUAUAUGCAUAUGAUAUGAGGAAUAUGUAGGAAGUGCCUUUUUUGAUUAAUAAUAAGAAAUAUGUAUGUUGUUUCCUUAAAGCAGAAGGAAAAGCCAGGCCACCCUGAAGCCAGUUUUAUUUUUUUAUGUUGGUGAAUGUGGAGAAACCCAUGGCCUUCAGAGCACACCUGUCUGACUUUCUUUAAUGUGUGGUUUAAAGAUUGAUCUUAGGUAGUAGAGAUCAAACAGUCUGGUUUUCUCCUUUUAUUUCCUCCCACAUAUAUCACACAGUUUAAAUCCAAAAAGACAAAAGCUGCCUCCUUGUUCCUUUUCAGCGUUUAAGUUCAUUGCUUGUUUCAGACAGCAGUCUAGACUCUACUGGACACACUUUUGCUAGAAGCACAAGGAAUCUAGCGGUGCUUCUGUAGUCAUUGAUAGAUAUGCACCACUCGGAAUUCUGGGGCCGCUGUCCGAUACUAACGAUAGCUAACAUUGUCUACUUACCUUGGUAACAUCAUCCAAACCGAAGAGUGUUAAGGUUAGUGGAAUCUUUGAUAUGGUGUGUUCACUAAUAGGAAAAAGAUCUGAUUUCUGACAUUCCGACCGGUCGGUCACUGGUCAGGGCUGAUCCACCUAAAAUUCUCAGAUUCUGGUCUCGGUUCAUCUUUAGGCCCUGUAUCUCUUUGGAUUGCUGUCAGAUCGAUGUGGUUUCAAUUUAAUUCAUGUUUUACCAAAGAUGUUUCAAGUGUUUUCCAUUGUGGGACUGGUUAAUAUUUUACCCGCAGCUUUUAGAAAGAGCUAAGUCAAGCAUUUUUUGUUUUUGCUUGUCGAUGACACAGCAAAUUCCUCAGACAAAAUGCUGGAGACGUGUUUGUUCUAGAGAUCUCUUAUCACCCCACCCCCAACCUAACUCAGCACAGGUGGAAUCUGCGGUCUGUUUCAGCCUCCCAGCUGUGUAUGCUUGUUCAUUGUGUCCACUGAGCACAAUUAGCCCAACAUUGUUUUUAUUUGAGCGUGAGAGGGAGGCAGUGCAUGGAGAAUUAUAGCUGCAGGCAGAAGAAAAGUGUGUGAAAGCGAGAGAUGUGAUGCAGAAGAUAAGAGGGCUAAGAAGUCAUUUUUGACGGACUUGCAACGUAGAAUAGCAGGACAAAAGAAAGUGAGUAGAAAGAGUAGGUGGAAAGUUUUUGUUUUGUACCAAAGAUCUGAUGAGGCUUUGACAGGAUUGGAUGGGCUAAAAUGAGUCCCUUUGGCUUGGGAUUUCCCCUUUGGUGAAUAAAUCCAUCCCCACCAUGGCUGUACCUCAUGUAUGUUUUAUUUGUGUUCAUUUUUUAUUGUUUGAGAUGCUGGAGCCUGUUGAUACUGCUUGUCUCAGAGGUUCAUGGCAUGACACGUUUCUUCUGUGUAACCGUAGAAAAUAUUUUACUCUUUUAACAGCAGCACAAAUACUGGAGAUUUCAGAGUAUCAAAUGAUGUAGAUGGAAAAAACAUGCAGUCGGUGACCCCAAAUAAAAGAACACAUGUUGAAUGUUUUCAGUGGUCAGCUCGCGUGAAGGAAAGAUCCUGGGGUGCUGAGUUUAAUGAAAGACCCACUGCUUAUUAUAUUGUAUUUUAUUGCUUUUUUGUAUUGCAUUUUAAUGUCAACUGGAUUUACAGUGAAAAACUUAUACUAUGUUAGUAUUUUGGUUUACUACGCUUCUGUUUUUGAUUUUCCAAAAUGUAAGAAAUGUUAAUUGCUUUAUGUAUGGCAGAAGAAUAAAUACUUCCUUCCUUGAAGUAUUAGAAUUUCUCUGAAACAGACGUACUAAUAUGACGUGAAAUUAGUGUUGUAAUUUCAUUUCCCGCUGUUUUGACACACUGAAAUGUCAGAGCAGCAUUAAAGAGUGUGAAGAAAAUCAACCUUUUUGGAAAAGGUGGGAAAAAAUAUAAUUUUUUGAACUAGCCAAAGCGUGGGAGGUCCAAAAUACUGAAAGAAAAAUAAAUCAAUGGAAAUUAUUUGAUAAUGAAAGUUUAACUGCCCAACUGGAAAAAACUGGUGCAAAUUUGUUAGUUAGCAGAAAGUCUAAUCAUAGGAAAACUUGACUGUAUUGUUAUGACAAUAAUAAUAAAUUUAGUAUUAUUAUGUUAUUUAAGUGUUUUUGUUACUGCUCAUUAUUUUUUAAUGUUUUAUUAAUUUUGUUUGUGGGUAAUCCUGGACUGCCAAGGUUUAUUAAGUUGUGUGCCUUUGGUAUAUUUCAUGAUUAGUUUUUUUUUUAUAAUAAAAUGAUUGUCUUUUUUGUACUUAUAUUUAUUGAUCAAGCCAUUUUAGACAGUGUGUUGAGAUUCAGGCUGCACUGUAUUCAAAAAGCUUCUAUGAGUGGUUUCAUCUCAAUUGGUAAAACGUCUGUAAAACGUCGGAAUUAAUUUUUCAGGUCAACACAAUGCCCUUGUUGUACUGUAUAAAUCCAAAUUAAAGGAUCUCAAAACUU